CAACCAUCGAGCUGGCAGACCGCUGCGGUGCAGAGCGGAGCCGGGGCUGGGGGAGGAGAGACCGAGAGAGGGGCCCGGGCACCUUCCUGCGCCCAGCCCGGCGUGUGCACCGUAGGAUUUUCUGUUGUGAGCAUGGGGAUGUGACCACAGUCGGGCCUGAAGGAAAGGACAACACCGGAGAGAAACCAGAGUUCAAAGCCCUUGAUGAUGGAGCUCAGUAAUGUAAUCCCCAUUGUACAAGUGGGGAAACUGAGGCAUGGAGCAGGAUGGUCGCCCAGGAGACCAGAGCCGGGAAUAGAAGCCAGGUGCCCUGAGUCCCGGUGCUCUAUCCGCUAGGCCACGCUGCCUCUCAUCAGAAAUGGGGCAGCAGGAGCAACUCACGGCUGGAUUCUCUAUCCUCACAGGAAGCAGGGAAGAAGGAAGGGGAUCCCCGAAGCUGCCUGGUAGCGAAGCCAGGCUGCACAUAGGCUCGUUGGAGGAUUGACCACGCCCAUAACCCCAGGCUGCUGGAGCCCCCCACUGGCCACGCCCAUGGGUGAGAAGGCCAACACGUGCCCGUACUGCGGCAAGGGCUUCCGGCGCAGCUCCCACCUGACCCGGCACCUGGGCACCCACUCUGGCGGAGAGCAGCGCCCCUAUGCCUGCAGCCACCGUGGCAAGGGCCCGGUCCUGGCUCCGCCACCAGCGGGCGAGCGCCCCUACGCCUGCACCCACUGCGGGAAAGCCUUUGGGCGCAGCGCGCACCUGGCCCGGCACCAGGAGACCCACUCUGGCGAACGCCCCUACAAGUGCACCUACUGCGGGAAAGCCUUCGGACGCAACGCCCACCUGACCCGGCACCAUGGCACCCAUACUGGCGAGCGUCCCUACCAGUGCGGCAUCUGUGGCAGGGCCUUCACCCGCGAUGCCCACCUGACCCGGCACCAGCUCGUCCACACCGGCGAGAAGCCAUUCCAGUGUGGCGUCUGUGGCAAAGCCUUCACCCGCAGCGCCCACCUGGCCCGGCACCAGGGCACCCACACAGGCGAGAAGCCCUUUGAGUGCCGGGUCUGCGGCAAAGCCUUUACCCGCGAUGCCCACCUGGCCCGACACCGGGCCACUCACACCAGCGAGCGCCCCUACAAGUGCGCCGACUGCGGAAAGGGCUUCGGAGCCACCUCCCACCUCCUCCGCCACCAGAGGACCCACCAGGAGUAGCUGCCCCGGUGUGGAGCGUGGGAACCAAGGGACAGUGGUUCCCACGCCCCCAGUGCCCUCCUCCAUCAUGGGAGGAGAGGGCAUGGGAAUCGGGGGCACCAGUUCCUGCACUGUCACCCUCUGGGGUGUCUCUCCCGUAUGGGGAACUGAGGGAGUGCCAGCUGUCAUGCCCUCUCCUGCUGGGGCACUCCUCGCCCAUGGGAGGGUGUGGGACUCACCUCUUCUCAGAGUGCGCCAUCCUCUGGAGGGGGCAUGGAAACCAAGGGGGCAGCAGUUCCCACACUGCCACCCUCUGGGUUGCUCGUCCCCCAGAGGGAGAGCUAGUGCCCCUGCUGACACACACUGACAUGCUCCUACCCCCCUGGGCUGGGCGUGGGAACCGAGAGGGGGGCAGCGUUCUCUGUGCCCACAUCCAAGCGGCUUCAACGACUGUACAGGAGGAUCUGGCCCAGAGUUGGGCUCCGGGCAUCCUUGGGGCGUGGAUGGUAACACGGGCCCCCUGGGGAGCACACAGUAUCACCGACCCCGCAGCCAGUCUGCCCUGCAAACGGACGAUGAUCCAGCCCUAUCUAAAACCUCGUCCGGACAGAGAGAUUGACUGAAACUGCAGCCCCAGGUGGGCGCACUCUUCCGAGGGAAAAGGGACUCAAUCCCGGGACAAUCACUCUGCCCCCAAAGCAACCCCCCUGGCGGCACGCUCAGAUGCCUUCUGCUCUCCCAGGCCUGUCACAGGCGCUAGCCCCCUCAGCCCUUGCCAGGCUUGGCCUCACACCUUCCCAGCAGGGCGAGCGAACCCCAAGAUGCUGGCCCUCAAAGGAGCAGGCCAACCUGGUCCAGGGAGUGAAUCCGGAAUAGCUCUGACAGACGGCACUAGCCAGCGUGGAGAAGUUAGUCUGGAACAGCCAGGCCGGGUUGCUUCCCUCAGUGUAGACAUGGUGUGAGAGCGCGCACAGGCAGCGUGCCAAGACAAGAACAGCAUGUUCGUGUGCGAAACUUCAUGUGCCUGUGUGUGUGUGUGUGUGUGUGAGAGAGAGAGAGAGAGAGAGAGAGAAACCUCCUUGUGUGUGAGUGUGUGAGAAACCUCUUCUCGUGUGUGUGUGAGAAAUCUUGUGUGUCUGUAUGAGAAACCUCUUUCAUGUGAGAAACCUUGUGUGUCCGUAUGUGUGUGUGAGAAACCUCGUCUUGUGUAUGUGUGUGAGAAACCUCCUUGUGUGUCCGUGUGUGUGUGUGUGAAACCUCAUGUGGAUGUCCGUCCAUCCGUGUGUGUGAAAUGUCAUGUGUGAAACUUCCUCCUACUUAUCCAUGUGAGUGUGUGUGUGAUAAACUUCCUUAUGUGUAUAUAUGCAUGUGUGUGUGGAACUCUGCCAGAGGAUGUUGUGAAGGCCAAGAUUAUAACAGGGUUAAAAAAAGAGUUAGAUACAUUCA